AUCCUUGGCAGCACGGUUUCUCUCUCCUCAGUAUGCCAUCCCCACCCACUUACAGCUGAUGCGAUCAGCGUACGUUACAAUCAUUGUUAAUAUUUUCUAAGAAAGAAACGACGGGGAAGGACCUGUUAUAUAUAUAUAUGUCUAAAGAAUAUAUCGUCCGAUGUAAUAUCGUUUUAUGGAUACCGAUUAAUACGAUUAAAAUAAUAAUAUAGUGUUAAUUGUAAUUGUAACAGUGAUUGUGACGUGGAAGUGAAAACUGUUUUUCUCAGGCUGUAUACCACAUAGAACACAAACGGGAAAUCGAGAACACAAACGGGAGAAGGAAAUUUCUUAUUGAAAUAAAAAUGACUGAGAGAUUGGAUUGACAUCCUGUAAGAGUACGCGGGCAUGGUAUAUUUGACGGGUCUUUGGGGUAUGGGAGAGACUGAAUCACAGUGCCAUAGCACCAGCGCUUCGCCAGUCUCUUCCUCGUUUCAGGACCAUGACGAAGAAGUUGCGUUGCAUCCUCUCAAGAAUCAGGUUGGUGGACAUACAAGGCUGCUGCUUCUCAACCAGAGUACAAUUUGUAAACCAUUGAACUGCAGAGAACUUGACUUCUAUCAAAACAUUCCACAAGAUAUACAAAUGUUUGUCCCAAAAUUCAAAGGUGUAAUGCAGGCCUCCAGUAGCGGUGAAGUUACAUUAGAUAAACGGUACAGUCCGAGUUUUAGAGAACAAGAUAAUAAUCGUCAAGGAAAGGGUUCGACCAAGAGGAAACGCGAUGAUGUACUCAGGAUGAGAAUACAUCGUAGAAACAGUACUAUCGAUAUAUUAAAACCAGAAAUGCAUUUGGACAGCGCAUCGAACAGACAGUAUUUCCUAUUAUUGGAGAAUAUUACUUCUCAAUAUAAACAUCCGUGUAUACUCGAUUUAAAAAUGGGGACCAGACAACAUGGUGACGAUGCAAGCGCAGAAAAGCGAAGCAAACAAAUAGCAAAAUGUGCUGCCAGUACGUCGGCUUCUUUGGGAGUACGAUUAUGUGGAAUGCAGGUAUAUCAAGUUGAUACGGAUCAUUAUAUAAAAAGAGACAAAUAUUGGGGCAGAGAAUUAAAUGAGGAAGGUUUUAAAGCUGCCUUAUAUCGAUUCUUUCACAAUGGCUUUUGUUUACGAACAUUGGUUAUCGAAAGGGUGAUAUCUCGAUUAGAACUAUUGCGACGUGCUAUCGAAAGGCAAAGUAGCUAUCGGUUCUACUCGUGUUCGUUGCUUAUAGUGUACGAAGGAUAUCAAAUAGAGGAAUUCACAACGCACAGACAUACAACGUCCCUUAGAGUCGAGGAGGAAUCUAAUGACUUGAGUUUCAUGGAAAAUACACCAGGCGUUUCGGAUACAUGUUACGACGCUGAUACGAGCAAUAAUUCAACGGAUUAUAAUUUAUUGGCACACGAGGAAGUAAGCCAGGCAGCAUUGCACCGUGGUUUUGGUGAGGCUGCCGCGAGGGGUGCUAAAAAUACAACAGCAUUUUAUCCGGUUAACGAGGAAACCGUUUUUAUGGAUCCACCACCAAGUUUGAUCAAUACAGUUGUCCAAUCGUCGUCAUAUGACAAUUGGAUGUUGUAUAGUAGUAGCAGCGGCGAGGAUUAUUGUUUUGGUCAGCACAUAGCUGUAAAUUCGGAGGACACAAGUUCCGACAUUGAUAUUAGAAGUGAAUGCGCAUUGAAACGUAACAGGCAUAAACAUCGUUUGCGUUCUUACGACGACGUUGAACAGGAUCAAGACGAGUUAAAGCCAACCAGCAUCUCGAAAAGAUUCCGUGUUAAAACUGAACAAACAACGACGGCCUCAGUGCAAGAUGCCAUGGUUGAUGUUAGAAUAAUAGACUUUGCACAUACCACCUUUGGGCGGAGCAGUUUAGCUUUGGCAUGUAAUUCGAGCUCGAUGGUACACCAAGGUCCCGACUGUGGUUUUCUUACCGGUUUGGAUAGCCUAAAACGAUUGCUAAUGGAGAUAUUGACUGAAGGUUGAAUACCUUGUCAUUUUUGGAAACGAUGAUGACUAUUAUCGUGACUAUAUAAACAAAUAAAUAAAUAAUAUACACAAAUAUAUAUAUAUAUGUGUGUGUAUUAGAGAGAAUACGAAAUCUCUUUUAUCGAUAAUAGAAAAAAGAAAUAUAAUAAAAAAUAAAAUAGGGAGAAGGGUAUAAAAAAUGCAAAAUAUGGUUGCAAUAUUUAUUUUUGGACUUUCGAAAAUGAAACCAGACACGAUGAUCGUCAUUUUUCGAAACGAUAGUUUAAUGGGGGGGGGGAGUAGUAGGUGGAAUGGGGAUGCAUGAAAAAGAAUAUAAAAGAAAACUUACGUAAUAGUAAGGGCGCGUGAAAUCGAUCAACGACAAGAUAACAAAUUGAAUAAAAAAUAAAAGCAAAGUAAAGGAAAGAAAAGAAAAAAAAAUAUAUAUAUAUAAAUAGAUAUUAAAAAGAAAAAAAA